GAGCGACGAGGCGGCCGCGGCGGGGGCCGCGCCGCGCCAUGGCCCAGCAGCAGAUGAGCAGCUCGCAGAAGGCGCUGAUGCUGGAGCUGAAGUCGCUGCAGGAGGAGCCGGUCGAGGGCUUCCGCAUCACCCUGGUCGACGAGUCCGACCUCUACAACUGGGAGGUGGCGAUCUUCGGGCCCCCCAAUACGCUCUACGAGGGCGGGUACUUCAAGGCUCACAUUAAAUUUCCUAUCGACUAUCCAUAUUCACCACCUACCUUCAGAUUCCUGACCAAAAUGUGGCACCCCAACAUUUAUGAGAAUGGAGAUGUAUGUAUUUCAAUUCUUCACCCACCUGUAGAUGACCCGCAAAGUGGAGAGCUGCCAUCAGAGAGGUGGAACCCUACCCAAAAUGUCAGGACUAUCUUACUGAGUGUAAUCUCUUUGCUUAAUGAGCCCAACACAUUCUCCCCAGCCAAUGUGGAUGCGUCAGUCAUGUUCAGGAAAUGGAGGGACAGUAAAGGAAAAGACAAGGAGUACGCCGAAAUCAUAAGGAAACAGGUUUUGGCUACCAAAGCUGAGGCAGAGAAGGAUGGCGUGAAGGUCCCCACUACACUGGCAGAGUACUGCAUCAAAACUAAAGUGCCUUCCAAUGACAACAGUUCAGAUUUGCUUUACGACGACUUGUACGAUGACGACAUUGACGAUGAAGACGAGGAGGAGGAGGAUGCCGACUGUUACGAUGAUGAUGAUUCUGGCAACGAGGAGUCGUGACCUGUUCCCUCUAUGCCCCUGUACUGCCCUGCCGACUCAGGCCAGAAGGGAGCAGCGGUAACCUAGCAGCAGUCCAGCAAAAAAGUGGGGGGAGGGGGGGGUGUAAAAAAAAAAAAAAAAAAA